AGCUCUCUCUUUACUCACUUAAAUGGCCUUCUCUCCUCCCUUCCUUCUCCUCAUCUUCUUAGCCUUCUUCCUCUCCCUCUCUUCCGCUCUCGGUGAUGCUGCUGCCGACACUAGUACUCCGAAGACUUACAUCAUCUCUGUCCGGAAUGACCUCAAACCCUCUGUGUUUUCCGACGCCGAGAACUGGUACACCUCCUCCAUUCUCCAUGCCCUCUCCUCUUCCACCGACUCUCUUGAGAGUUCCUCCCGACGGACACAUGGCAUACGUAAGCCCCUCCACGUGUAUCGCACCGUCUUCGUCGGCUUCUCCGCCGUGCUAUCGUCGGCCGAGGCCGACCUCCUCCGGUCCGAUCCGGCGGUCCUUGCCGUCCUGCCCGACCGUCCCCGCCAACUCCACACCACCCGCUCCCCCCUCUUCCUCGGCCUCGUCUCCGCCGACUCCAAGCCCAACCGCCUCCUCGCUGCUGCCGACUCCGGCUCCUCCGUGGUCAUUGCCCUCGUCGACACUGGCAUCCGCCCCGAUCAUCCGAGCUUCGCCGACGACGGCCGCCUCCCCCCUCCUCCCGCCCGCUGGAACGGCUCCUGCGACCACGGUCCCCACUUCCCCGCCACCUCAUGCAACCGAAAGUUGGUCGGCGCCCGCUUCUUCGAUCACGGUUACCUCGCCAAUACGCAAGGCGGCAUCGGCAAGGGCUGGGACGUGUUCUCUCCCAUGGACUCCCAAGGCCACGGCACCCACACCGCCUCCACCGCAGCUGGCGGCGCCGUCCCCAAUGCCUCCCUUCGAGGCUACGCUGCCGGGGUCGCCUCCGGCAUUGCCCCCCGUGCCCGCAUUGCUGUCUACAAGGCCUGCUGGGCCUCGGGGUGCUACGACUCAGACAUCAUCGCCGCCAUCGAUGCGGCGGUCACCGACGGCGCCCACGUCAUCUCCAUCUCCCUCGGCGCCGGCGUCGUUCCUCUCCAAGUUGACCCAGUCGCCAUCAGCACCCUGGGCGCAGCCGAGCGCGGUGUCUUCGUUGCUGCCUCCGCCGGCAAUGAAGGCCCCCUCGAGUCGACAGUAGGCAACGUCGCCCCUUGGGUCACCACCGUCGGCGCCGGCGCCAUCGACCGCCGGUUCCCCGCCGACAUCAUUCUCGGCGAUGGCACCGUCGUGUCCGGCUUUUCCAUCCACAUCGGCCGGCGUUUUUCUCCAAAGCGUUCAUUCCCGCUCGUGUACGCGGCGAACGCGUCCCAGUCCGACUGGGAGGCGCCCAUGGCCGCCUUCUGCGGGCACGGGUACUUGGACCCCAGCAAGGUGCGCGGCAAAAUCGUGCUCUGCGAUCGCGGCGAGCUGUCGCGCGUCGAGAAGGGAUGGGUCGUGAAGCACGCCGGCGGAGUCGCGAUGAUCCUCGCCAACGAUCCUACGGACGGGGAGGGCGCGACCCCGGACGCCCACAUCCUCCCCGCCGUGUCAGUCGGCUACAAGGCCGGGAGGGCCAUCAAGGCGUACAUCAGCGCCAACGACGCUCCACGUGUCCGUUUAUCCUUCCAUGGGACCCAGGUCGGGGUCAAGCCCGCGCCGGCGGUUGCCGGGUUCUCCGCGCGCGGGCCCAGCUUGCACACCCCGCACCUCAUCAAGCCGGACCUGAUCGCGCCAGGCGUCAGCAUCCUGGCGGCCUGGCCGGACCGGGCGAGCCCCACGGGCUUAAAGGCCGACCGGCGCCGGACGGAGUUCAACAUCAUCUCCGGCACGUCCAUGUCGUGCCCCCAUAUCGCCGGGGGGGCGGCGCUGCUGAAGGACGCGCACCCGGACUGGUCGCCGGCGGCCAUCCGGUCGGCGAUGAUGACGACGGCCUAUGCCACGGAUAGCAUGGGCCAAGACUUGGUCGACGAGAGCACGGGAAACAGGUCCACCGAAUGGGCCUAUGGUUCCGGUCACGUGGACCCAGAGAAGGCCGUCGAUCCUGGCCUGGUCUAUGAUCUGACGGUGGACGAUUACUUGGACUUCAUGUGCAGCUCCAGUUACAGCAGCGCGACCAUCGAGAUGAUAGCCAGGAGACAGGUGAAUUGCUCGGAAAAGAUCGGACGGCCUUGGGAUCUCAAUUACCCAUCAAUUGCUGUGACGCUGGAGCAAUCUGAUACCGGUAAGCUUGAAGCCGUGGUUCAUCGGACGGUGAUGAAUGUGGGAGAGGACAAGGCAGAGUACACUGUAAGCAUCAAAGAGCCGAAAGGGGUGCUACUGGCGGUGGAGCCUCGGAAGCUGGUGUUCGGAGGCAGAGGUCGGAAGCAGGAGUUUGUCGUCAAGGUUUCGACGGAGCCCAUGGAGCUGCAGCCAUGGAAUUCAUGGACAGAGUUUGGAUCGGUGACGUGGAGCGACGGGAAGCAUAAGGUGAGGAGUCCAAUCGCAGUGACAUGGCAAAGGAAAGAUUAGGCAAUAUAAAUAUAAAUAUUUAAUAAGCAUGUCCCACCUGGAAGUGGAACGGUUGUAUUGAUAUAUUGCUUGCUAGAUUUGUUUCGAAUCUUGUGUUUCUUGCCUAGAUUUUGAGUUUUAUACAUUUGUCGAGAGGAAAACCACGCUGGUGAUUGAAGCAGGAGUUCUUUUUGUCUAAAUAAAUGUCAUACUAUUGCGGCAGGAACCUGGAGCUGUGGAGUCUGAAUUUACUUGGCUUGGAACUGCAACAGUCCUAAUCAGCAUAUUGCAUUGCCUUCUUGGUUCUCAAAAGAAGACAUCAGCUAUUUUAUGAGCAAAUUUGAGAAGUCUGGUUAUACCGGACAGAUCGAUUAUUACUAAUUUUUUGACUUGUAAGUUCUCUGCAGCAAGGUUUGGAAACUCUGUUUUGGCUCGGUUUAUGGAGGUUUUGUUUCGGCGGUUUUGAAAUUAUUAUUGGAGCCGUAGUCAAAAGAUCACUAAUCACAUCUAUGAUUUUAUCCAGGUUCUGAUUUGAUUUGGUGCGUUGUUUCCCAAGUUUUGUAAUGGUGAAAUCAUCUUUAGUGUUUCCACAAAAACUUUAUUUCGAAGAGAGAAAUGUUUUUUGUGUGGGAGAAAAUCCAAUAGAAAAGAAAAAAACAGCAAAUGAAUGGAAAGAAGACAUCUCUUCCAAUGCCACUCAAUUCAAGCUUUAUACACUCCCUGGUCCUCACUUCAAAUUCCAUUUAACAGGAA